AGUCAGUUAACUCUCUCCACUGCCCCCUCUCAAUGCAACCUCACGGGACUGAAUACAAUUAUUUAACCUGCAAAGAAGUAUUUCAUAACAAGCCCCUAAAUUCAACUUGUAUGGAAACCCCCCUUUACCCAUGUGCCUUUGGGAUACAGUGAAUAUGUAAAAAGUAAGAAAAGAUGCUUUGGUCAAGGACAGAUGAAUAUGAAAAUGACUCCUCAGCAGAAGGCUAAUCUGCAGAUAACAGAUAACAAAGAUCUGGGGACACGGAUCCUGGAAGGUAGCAAGAAGAUGAGAGCUUCAGUCCAGCGGAGACGAUCCACUCCUUCCCCCAUCACCAAAAGUCUGAGCAAGACCAAGUUACAUUCCAGGGAGACCAAUUUGCUUCCCACAAACACAGAGAAUGGACUUCUCAUCGCUGCAUUCUGUGCCCCUAACUCCCUAUUUAUCCUGAAGGACCGUGUGCAGCUAACAAGUGGCUGGCAGACCCAGGAAAGGAUCAUCUUCCUGUUUCGUGACUCACUCAUCAUUGCCAAGUCAAAGUCCUCCUCUAGCCUAAAACUGAAGAACCAGGUACGUCUGAGUGAUCUGUGGAUUUCCACCUCCCUCCAAGAGGCCUCUGUAAAGAAGCUGAGUGCUGAAAACUCAUUUGUAAUUGGUUGGCCCAUCACAAACUACACUGUGACAUUCAGUACCUCAGACACAAAGGAUAAGUGGCUCUCGACUCUUUCCUGGUAUAUUAAUGAUAUGAAAAAAGAUGACUACUCCAGCAAAGUUACUAUUGAUGUUGUAUACACAGAUGCUGAGGAAAUCACUGCGAAUGCCGCUGUAAGUGUGUCUAACAUGGAUACAGCAGAGAAAGUCAUUAAAUUGGCCUCUCAACAGCUUGGCCUUUCAAACAGAUCAGAUGACUUCCACCUGUGUGUGAUCCCUGGCAAGGACGAGCCCCCUUACCCUCUUAUUGGUCAUGAGUACCCCUACAGUAUCAUAAUGAGCUAUCUCCGAGAUUCUCUGGAGCUGUCCACAGGAAGCAAUAAUUAUUUGUUCUGGGGCCACAGCUCAGAAAUGGUGAUCAAUGAGCAACUCCUAGGGGACAGACAAUGCCAAUUCAUUCUAAAAGUGAAGCCCCAAAUCCCUCUUCAGUUUAACCGAGAAUCUGCACAAAAACAUUCAAAGAGGAAGAAAUCCUUAAUAGACUGGGCACUACGACGCAGUGGGAGUACUCCGCCAAGCAGUCCCGCAUCCCAAUCACCAACAACCCACCGAAGACUGUUUGGAGUGUCCCUCUCAUCACUGUGUACCAAUGGGAACCUCCCCAAACCCAUCAUGGACAUGCUGCUGCUAAUUUACAAAGAAGGUCCAAAUACUGAGGGUAUUUUCAGGCGUUCAGCAAAUGCCAAGAUCUGCAAAGAGGUGAAAGAGAAGUUAAUGUCUGGCGAUGAUGUCCGGAUGGACGGAGAAUCAGUUUUUAUUGCUGCCUCAGUGAUAACGGAUUUUCUGCGCAAUAUACCUGAGAGUAUUCUGUGCUCAGACAUGUAUGGAAUGUGGAUGGAGGCUAUGGAUAUAGGACAGCACAAAGAUAAGAUUGAAGCCAUGAAAAGAUUGGUGGAGCAGCUUCCAGAAGCUAAUGUUCUAUUGCUGAAGCAUUUAUUUGCUGUCUUACAUCACAUUGAACAGAAUUCUGAGGAGAACAGAAUGAACGCUUUCAAUCUGGCUGUCUGCACAGCACCAAAUAUGUUAUGGCUCCCAAUAGUUACAGACCCUGAGGAGGAAAGCCGGUCAGCCAAAAAGGUUGCACCUUUAGUGCAAUUUCUGAUUGAGAAUUACGAGCACAUUUUUGGACAAGAUGCAGCUUCAAUGUUCCAAAAAUCUGCAAAGGAGCAUUCAGCAAGAAAUGAAGAUUUUUCAAGUACACAUCUGGUACAUGGACGGGAUUCAUCUGACGAACUUGAAUAUGCCUCUUCAGACCUGGAGAAGUCUGACCCAAAUCUACUGAAGGACAUGGAUGGGAUUUUUGAUGAAUCAUUGUUGAUUCAGGAGAUGGAAGACUGGGACCUCUUCAGUGAAAUUGCUGCAUGUUACCAAAGCAAAACAAGGAUGAACAAUUUAGAAUGUCAUAAAGACCCCUUAAGUUGUACGGACUCAGCAUGCAGCCUUAUCCCUGCCAGGGACCGGUGCUCCUCAGAACCUAGUGUUUGCCUGAGUUCCAGGCUCCACGCUCAAGACCACGAGCCAGUUGCACGACAAUCCAGUUGUGAUGCCACUAUGAUGCACAAUCACCUUGACUACAUCAACCAGUUGAAGCAACUUAAGUUAGAGAGCCAGAAGUUGUUAGAUGAAGUGCAGAGUCCAAAUGGCAACAAAACCAGACGCACUUUGUGGAGGUCCCAUCAACCUAGCAUAAGUAUGAAGAAUCUGAGUCCACAGACAGCAGUUACUUCCAACAGGUCAAGCAUUUCAAGUCUCUCUUCCACUACCACUUCACCUUCUGCCUCUUCACUUAGUUCACUUGAUAGUGCAUUCUCAUACUGCUCAGAAUCUUCAGUUUUUAGCCCCAGCGAUGUCCCUAUGCAGCCAUUCAUGUUUGGAACAUCAGCUAGACUUUGUACACUAUCUCCUGAGAUUUCUAAAAAGAAGCUAAAUGAGUGGCAUGCACCUCUUGCUGCUCUGUUAAAUGUUAAUGCCUGUGAUCUAGAUUCUUGUGAAGAGCAAGAGGAUCUAAAAGAGAAACAGAAAAUGGAAAGGGAAUGCAUGCAUGGUGUCACUAGCGAAAACACAGUAGAAAGCAGUUUUGAAAACAAAACAUACGUGGGUCAAAAAACUGAUAAUUUUUGUUAUUCGGCACAAUUCAAUGAACAAUGUAAUUCUUUUUUGAAAUCAAAAUGGGAAUCCAGCCAUGUUGAUGCCAAAGCAGAUUCAAAAAAAGUGCAUUGUGUGCGCAGAGAAACAUCUGUAAAACAUAUAGAAAUCAGAAGACCAGAGUCUUCCAAUGAUGAAAGUAUAAAGCGCACAAAAAUAGCUUUUUUUAUGUCCCCUAAUAUUAUGCAAACUAAAGAACUAGAAGACCAAAAUCCCAGCACAGAGACAGUUGCCACAGAGUCAAAAAGUGUGACAUUUCAGAUACCCCAAACUGUGUUUUAUGGUCAGAAUACUCCACUGGUACUGCAUUCUGUUUCAAGGAGACAACAUCCUGAGGUGGAAAAACCACACUGGCAAACUCAACUGAAGCAUGUAUUGAAAAUGUCGCCCAUGAAAGAGCCAAUAUGUGAUAGCAGAGGUACCUCUCAUCACAGUGCUGAGGAGGCCAUGGUCAUAGAGGAGGAAAAUAAAGAGCACAAUUUAGAGGACAUUCAUCCUGAAGGCACAGCCAAGGAACCAGCACUUACUAAAAUCCAUAGCAAGACUAUAGCAUCCUUCAGUAAUACAAUGCGCAUUAUUCUGCCAACCUCUGUACGGAAUACUGUCAAGGAGUAUUUUAAGCAUAAUGAACACAAGUCUCAUAGUUUGCCACACACAGAGGUAGUGGAGAAUGAACUUAUUCAGAGCAGAAUAGAGAGAUGCAACCUGCAGGGGACUGACUUUGGCAAAGAGGCAAAGGAGAAGGAAUGUGUUGUAGAAGAAUUUUUUGUGUAAACUUUGUUUUUAUAUAGCGGAAAGUACAAAUCUAAGUUGUGAAACGUUUUCACAUGUUAAAUAUGGAAUUAUUUUUUACUAUGAAAUGUUCCCACUGUAAAUCUUUGUCAGGAAAUUCACUUUUUUAUGAUGCUUGUUCCAAGUGGAGAGUCAAGUGCAUAGUUCUCUCACAUGAUAGCCCUUAACAUACUAAAGAAUUCCACAGAUGUUUGUUCUAAGGGAAAUGUGUGCCUUCCACAUUCUAAUACCUCCUGUAUGCCUGUGUGACCAACAGAGAGUCUAGGUGGGAAUCAAUAUAUCUUAAAAGGUUAUUUUAAACUGUGCUAUAUAACAUAAUAUAGUAGACGUUAGCAGUUUUUCUGUUAUAACAACACUUUUUUCAAUUACUUAAAGAAAGAACCUUAAGUUAUAAAUCUUUUAUUUUGUUGAUUUUUUACCAACAUGUAAUUAUUCAUAGUAAGUGAGAUAAAGAGAGCAUAUCCUCACACUUAAAGAAGAAAACUCUAGUUAAAUUAGUAGUAUAAAUGGCAAUCUCAACAAUCACUGUGUUUAUGUCUGGGGCCAAUACUGUUACUGUGAAUGCAUACCAAGGGGCCAAUUUAUUACGUGCCGGGCGGACAUGAUUUGCUGUAGCGAAUCAUGUCCACCCAGUAUUGCUAAAUGCCAAAAGCAUACGCUGUCGGCAUUAAACAUUGCACAAGCAUUUCUUGUGAAAUGCUUGUGCAAUGCUGCCCCCUGAACAUUCACAGCCAAUUGGCUGCAUCCACUUCUUGGUAAAUCUACCCCCUAGUGUGAGAUUGUGAAGAUACUUUUAAUAAUGAAUGAAAUGCAAACCUUUACUCAAGUGGUAAGGUUUAGACAUCUCUGUACUCAUCAUAUGAAUAAGAAAUAUGUUGGUUGCUUAAUUGUAUCUCUAACAAAAAAACUAAUUACUUGUACAGCACUUCAUGCUUUUUUGAUGUUAUCAAAGUCUGUUUUUCUCCUUAAAUUGUAUGGUAGUUCCCCUCAAAGCACAUUAUUUUACGUAAAAACAUGAUAAGACCCCUUUAACAUAGACCAGAAAUGGCCAACUAGCAGAACUAAGGGCUCGCUUCCAUUGAGUCGUAAUUCAGUUUGCGUGCACUCGCAAACCAUUAAAUAUGCUGUCGAAAGCAAUAUAGUUUAUCAACUGUUUCCAAUGGUGCGUUAUACCUCAAUAUCGGCAGCUGGACUCCGGCUGCCGAAAAAAUCUUUGCGUCCCAUAGAAAGUAAUAGAAGCCCUUAAUCGAUAAAUUAUACCAGGUUUCCAAUGAAAGCGCAAACCGUUAAUAUACUGUCGGAGGCUGUCGAUACAUUGAGAAAUAUUACACCCAGCUCAACUUGGUGUAAAAGAGGAAAAUUGUGCUUUUUGAGACCUAUUUUCUAUUGAAAUUAUAAAACUUGCAAAUAAUACAAGUGUUUUAAUGUAGAAAUAAAUUGUUAUAAGUAAUUUUUAUUGUUGUCUCAUGUAUAGAAAUAGUUGAACUUAUAUUCUAAUAGUGAUAUCAGUAUAUAUUUAAAUAUAAUAAUAUAUGCAAGAACAUAUCUACAGAAUGCAAACUAGACUUAUGCCUGGGGCAGCAAUACAUAUUACUUAUAUUUAUGAAGUGGUAAAUAUAAUUAUAGUAAAAAAUAGUAUUUGAUUAUAAAAAAUAUGGAUGUGUAUCUUUAUUUUUCUUGAGAGGUGAUCACCGGUAAGGAGCACGGACGUUAAACGUAAAUUCUAUAGCGUAAGGUCGGGUUACCUUAGCAACUAAUUGAUUUUCAAGAAAUCCGACAUCAGAUGGAAGCGUUAACUUACAGCUACACGAAAAGAGCGACUGCACGCUAUCCGCAAAAUAUUUCAAUGGAAACCUGGUACUAAAAUGGGGCCGUAAAUUACUUUUAGCUGUCGGCCGCUUCGGUAGCUUACGGCUACAUUUUUAACGACUCAAUGGAAGCGAGGCCUAAGUAUGUGUGUCAUCAUAGGUUUUGUGGCCCAGGAAAAAGCAGAAGUAAAAUAUGGAAUUUGGAGAAUUCCAGUGGGUGGGCAAAAACUGUGGUCAAAACUCAAAAGAACCCUCUGAAGGGAUGUACAGCAAAUAGAGGGUGCCCUGAUAACUUACAUAUAUCUGGCCUUGUGCCACUGGACAUUUGUAGGAAAUAUUAUUAUAUGUGGUUCUUAAGCCUUCUGAGAUUUUGUGAAGUUGGCCAUUUGUGACAUAGAUAAUAGGUAUGACUAUAUUAAUAAUAUCUGUAAAUAUUUUUUGGAGAACAAAAAUUGCAAAAUAGAGAAAGAGUUUAGGUUCCUUUACUGGGGUAUAGCACAAUUUGAAUUAAAUUGUAAGCUACUAUCUAAAACAAAAAAAAUAGAAAUUUAGGAAGUAAAAACAUUGGCCAAAAGAGUACCACAAUUUUUUUUUUUUAAUAUUUAAUUGAUAUCACUUCAGAUAAAGCUACAUUAAAAUAAAUUUUAAAUUAUAGCAUAAUAUAUUGUCACUACAGAUACUGCAUAAAUAUAUGCUUUUCUUAGUAUGUCAUGAAAUAUAUAAUGAAAAAAACAAACAAAAACUUUUUCUUGUAUAUUAUUGAAUUUGGGUCUAUCUUAUGGUAUAAGAUGCCAUACACACAGAGGGGCCGAUUUAUCAAAUGUCGGGCGGACGCCCGAGAUCACUAAAUGCCAACAGCAUACGCUGUCGGCAUUUAACAUUGCACAGCAUUUCUAGUGAAAUGCUUGUGCAAUGCUGCCCCUUGCAGAUUCGCGGACAAUCGGCAGUUAGCAGGGGAUGUCAAUCAUCCCUAUCGUAUCUAAUCAUGAUGAUUGCUGUCCGACCGCCUCAGAGGUGGCGGAUAAGUUAAGGAGCAGCGGUCUGAUGGCUCGCGCAAAAAAUGCUGAAUUUGCAGCUUGAUAAUUCGGCCCCAGAAUGUCUAAGAACAUAACCAUUACUUCUUAUUUAACAUAUGCAGACCUAAUCUUUGUGUCACUUAAUAUAUAAUAAUUUAUAUUAAUCAAACAAAUCACCUGGACAAAGCUGUUAGUUCCGAGGUGGGCAGGAAACUGCGUCCCGCAAACACUGAUAAUUCGUAGUGUCACUGGGCAAUUUUAAAUAACAGUGGCAAAAAAGGCUUCAUAUUAAAAUUUAUUAUAUGGUUUUGUUUUAUUAAUUUUGGCACUAGCUGGUGACAUCUAAAUAACAGUGGCAAAAUAUGUAUUUGAUUAAAUGAUUAGAUGUUUUUCAUAAAUAUGAAGCCUUUUUUGCCACUGUUAUUUAAAUUGCCCCAGCUAUUGCCAAAAUUAUGAACGUACCAGUUCUGUAAAAUUUGCCGAUUGUGGCAAUGAGCGCAUGCGUGCUCUGUAGUAUAUUUACAAGUUUAUUGUAGGCGGGUUCUGUAAUAUUUUCCUACUGCAGCAGUGAGCGCAUGCGUGCACAACUGUGUGUGCAAGUUUUUUGUAGACGUGGCCAUAGGUAGGGAAAUGUAACAUAGUAGGAGAAUAUUACAGAACACCCCCAAUUAGAUCCCAUUGUUAGAGAGAAGGGUGAAGAAAAAAGAGAUAGAAACUGGGUGACUGGAGAGAGAGAGAAAAAAAAAAAAUAAAAAAAAAAAAAAAGCAAAGAAUGACUAAAGACAGGGGCACAAUAUUUAUAGGUUCUCAGGAAAGUAAAUAAUGACUAAAAGAUAGUGGCACAAUAAGUAUAGGUUCUCAGGAAAGUAAAGAAUGACUAAAGACAGUGGCACAAUAAGUAUAGGUUCUCAGGAAAGUAAAGAAUGACUAAAGACAGUGGCAUAAUAAGUAUAGGUUCUCAGGAAAGUAAAGAAUGACUAAAGACAGUGGCACAAUAAGUAUAGGUACUCAGGAAAGUAAAGAAUGACUAAAGACAGUGGCACAAUAAGUAUAGGUUCUCAGGGUAGUAAAGAAUGGCAAAGAAUGUGAGAUACUGUGAUUUCUCCCACUUAACUUCACAGAACACCAGUAAUUGGGGUAAGAAUAGAAUCAGAAAUAUGAAGAGAGGAAGAAAGACACUUUGGUCUAAUGUUUGGGAAGAAGCUGGAGGAAAGUGGAAGAAAAAAAGGAAACUAAAUAGCAUGAAGGUAAUAAAGAAAGUGACAAUCAGAUAGAAGAAACACAGAGUGAGAGGUUAAGGUCCCUAUUUAAGAAAGUCUGCCGGACCUGAUCUGGCAGUGCGGAUCAGGUCCGCCAGACCUCGCUGAAUACGGCGAGCAAUACGCUCGCCGUAUUCAGCAUUGCACCAGCAGCUCACAAGAGCUACUGGUGCAACGCUGCCCCCUGCAGACUCGCGGCCAAUGGGCCGCCAGCAGGGGGGUGUCAAUCAACCCGAUCGUACUCGAUCGGGUUGAUUUCCAGCAAUGUCUGUCUGCCUGCUUUGUGACUGCUGCUUCAUAACUGCUGUUUCUGGCGAGCCUGCAGGCUCGCCAGAAACACGGGACAUCAAGCUCCAUUCGGAACUUGAUAGAUAGGCCCCUAAGAAUGAGAGAUGAGUAGAUAAUAAAAUGGAGAAAGAUGCAAACAGUGAGAGAAAUACAGGUAUACCUUGCUUUACAGCGCUUCACUAAUACAGCGCAAAUAUGGUGUUGAAGUUCAACCUCCAAGGAUUUUGAAACCGUGCUGUACUCAUUAUGAGUAUGCAAGAAAAGCGACUUCCACCUUUUUUAUGCGCAGUUUGGUCUGUUUACAGAAUUGCAGUGCACUGUGUGUCGUGGUCUGGCAAAUUUUACUGCAGUAAUUGUCACUAUUUUAUAGGUACUGUACAAUUUUCAUUUAAUACUGUACUGUACUGUGCUAGUGUUAAACUAAACAUAGCGUUAUUGCACACCUAAUAUAUGUUAGUUCAAACAUGUUUUCAAGUUGUUAAUUGCAUUGGCAAGUAAAAAGAAAGCUAAAACCGCCUUGUUUCAUUAUAGGGCGGUUUUUACUUUACAGCGGGACUCCGGUCCCUAACCCGCUGUAUGAGCGAGGUGUUCCUGUAUGUGUAAGGGAAUGUUAGUGAUAAAACAUGUGACAAAAAAACAUAUAUCAAAUAGUGAACUUUGUGAAUUUAGUUGUAAAUUUUAUGUGCAAAGGGAUACUCUGUACCAGAUUUCUCCUCGAGUUCUUAUGUUUCCAACAAAACACCUCAGAAAAAAGAAACAGUGGGAGACAAUAAUGUAAUCCUAUUAAAUGAACCAACUGCAAAA